AUGGAGGCUUCCUCCGGGCUGGGCGAAGGGGAGCGAUGCACCCUUUUGGAGCUUCAGCAAACCGGAAGAUCCCAGGAGGCACCCAUUCGGAGUCACCGUCGACUGGUGGUCGCUCUGGUUCUAGGAGUUCUCGGAAGCGGACUCGCCUUGUUGCUGUGGAGGCCGCCUGGUGCCGGCAGAGAAGCAAAGGACUUCACACAGCUGGCGGCCACCGAUACGGUGUGGUAUAGCUCCAACGGGGACUCCAAAGACGUCUUUUUCAACAUCGAGCACGACCGGGUUCCGGUGCCCGUGAUCGACGAGAUUUGGCCCAACCUGCAGGUCUCCUUCAGAGAAGCCCUGGAUGGCGGUGUCGUCACGGCCCAGUCGCUUUCUGACUACACAGCGCAACUGCUGACGUCCCCUUCGCCCUUCGAUUUGGGGAACGGGGCUCCAAAGUAA